UUUUUUUUUUUUUAACUCAAGAUGAAAGAUGCAUUUGGAACACCAUAUACGAAUGAUGCAAAUGAUCUAAAGUACAUGCAGCUUGCUAUUGAAGAAGCCAACAAGUCCAUACCUGCGCCACAAGCGUACUGUGUAGGUGCUGUACUUGUGAGUGGAGAAGGAAAGGUAUUGAGCACAGGCUAUUCACGGGAGAUCAUGGGGAACACACAUGCAGAGGAAUGUGCAUUAGCCAAAUUGGACACUAAUUCGAUGGAUUUAACCCAUGCGACCCUGUACACAACCAUGGAGCCCUGUUCAAUUCGAUUAUCAGGUAACAGAUCCUGUACAAGUCGAAUUAUCGAGGCUAAAUUGAAGCGGGUCGUGUUGGGUGUACGAGAACCGCCUAAUCUAGUGAAUUGUGAAGGAAUUCAACUUUUGGAAAAAGAAGGUAUCCAAGUAUUGAUUGUCCCCAAUGUAGAAGAAGCUUGUUUAGCACCUAAUCAACAUAUUUUAUCAAAGAAGAAAUAAUAAAGUGAGGGGCAAUAUAAUAAUAAAUUCUUUAUUUUAAGAAUCAUUUAUUUAGAAUCUA